CACUUCUCUCUUUUCACGGUUCUGACGUCAGCAACCUGCAAUUGAACGAAUGAACUAACGGACGACCGAGCCCCUACCGGAGCUACCGGGAGGCAGUAGAGUUACAGAGCGAGUCCCCGCCGCCAGCCUCGGAGGAGCUACACGGAGGAAGGUACGCUGUGCGCCGCCGUGAGAAGCAGUGCUGGAAUCAAACGAUGCGAGCCGCAGCCGAGUAACACAGAGCCUACUGUCGACGAGCGGAGAAAACCGUUACCGUGAUUUACCGACACUUACACCGAAGAGAGACGGAGGACGAGCGGACGGACAGCCCACCACCGAGACCCCGUUUGAGAAACUGCGGUGGCUACAACGAGUUGUAUUCGCGCCGUGGAUCAAAGUGAUUUAAAUGCUUUAACGGAGCCGUACCCCUGGCUUGAGAGCGAGCGAGAGGGAGCUGCCCAGAGAGCGAGAGGAAGAGGGAUCGAAGACACCGCGCAGAAAAGGAGGAAAUCAACCAAAAAAAAGAAAAAACGGAUUUGCAAACAGCGUUGUUUCCGCGCACACGCUUCGUUCAAUCCACACUUUCAUUGCUUUAAUUUUCUCUGGAUCAAGGUUUCGGUUACGCUUUCAAGCUGUGUUCUCUAACCAUGGGAUGUACUCUGAGCGCAGAGGAAAGGGCGGCUCUGGAUCGGAGCAAAGCCAUCGAGAAAAACCUGAAGGAGGACGGAGUCACCAUGGCCAAAGAUGUCAAACUGCUGCUGCUCGGGGCUGGAGAGUCAGGGAAAAGCACCAUCGUCAAACAGAUGAAGAUCAUCCAUGAGGACGGUUUCUCUGGUGACGACGUAAAGCAGUACAAGCCUGUCGUUUACAGCAACACCAUCCAAUCUCUGGCAGCCAUCGUCCGUGCCAUGGAUACACUGGGCCUGGAGUACGGAGACAAAGAGCGGAAGGCGGAUGCUAAGAUGGUGUGUGACGUGGUCACUCGUAUGGAGGACACAGAGCCUUACUCCGCCGAGCUGCUCGGCGCCAUGAUGCGCCUGUGGUCCGACUCAGGCAACCAGGAGUGUUUCAGCCGCGCCCGCGAGUACCAGCUCAACGACUCAGCGCAGUACUACCUAGACAGCCUAGAUCGGAUUGGUGCACCAGACUACCAGCCCACAGAGCAGGAUAUCCUGAGGACCCGAGUGAAGACCACAGGCAUCGUCGAGACACACUUUACCUUCAAAAACCUCCACUUCAGGCUGUUUGAUGUGGGAGGUCAGAGGUCGGAGAGGAAGAAGUGGAUCCACUGUUUUGAGGACGUCACCGCUAUUAUUUUCUGCGUGGCGCUCAGCGGAUACGACCAGGUGCUGCACGAGGACGAGACCACGAACCGCAUGCACGAGUCUCUGAAGCUCUUUGAUUCCAUCUGCAACAACAAGUGGUUUAACGAAACCUCCAUCAUCCUCUUCCUCAACAAGAAGGAUCUCUUUGAACGCAAGAUCAGCAAGUCACCACUGUCCAUCUGCUUCCCCGAGUACUCUGGUCCAGACACUUACUUGGAGGGAAUAGACUACAUCAAGUGUCAGUAUGAGAGCAAGAACAAGUCGCCCAGCAAAGAGGUGUAUGCCCAUGUGACCUGCGCUACAGACACCAACAACAUCCAGUUUGUCUUUGAUGCUGUCACUGAUGUCAUCAUAGCUAAUAACCUUCGGGGGUGUGGCUUGUACUAAAUGUCAGCCAAUUGAUGCAGGAUGCUUGUUUACCAGUUUGUACCACAGAGGAUGGCCCUUAUUUGUCAUUUCAUGAUAUGAUAGGUAGUGCUUUCCCAAAAGGCUGGCUAUUGGUCCAACUUGACUCUUAAACAAUGAAUUGGUUGAUUGGUUGGUUGAGACUUCUUUAAAUGUAUUUGCCUUUUUUACCUAGAAAGGAACCAACUGCAGUAACUGUGCAGAACUCCUUCAGCCAUUGCUACAGGGAUACACCGUUCCCAUCUGAGACUUGCUUGUACAUACAGUAGUGCCUUACUCAAAGAACUAGAUUGAUUGCUAGUUAACUGCAGCCAACAUUACAGGUUAACUAGCAGUGCAACCAGCUGUUAUCAUGAGAAUCACUCCAAUACCACAAUGUACUGUAUUUUCCAUACAUUUUCAUUUAAAGGCCUUUGCAUGGGACUUGUGCCUUAGUCACAUGGAGGGCAGAUGUAAAACUGUACUUAAUCAGGUCAAGUUGAAUUAAAACUCAGUCUAUGUUUGAAAGAUACUCUUAGGAUUAUUAUUGAAUGCGAUAUUUAACUCUGGACACGGGUAUGUCCAGCCUACCAAGAAGAAAUUCAAAGCAAGAACAACUGAAUUUCUGUAGGUGUUGUGCAAAGUAGCUUGUGUUAUUUGUUUUCUUUUGUUAUUGGGAUGAGAUGCACGUUGUCUGGCUGUAUUUGUUGCACUUAGCUGUGCACUGUUAACUACAGAGCUCCAAAAUAAUCAGUAUUUGAUCAGUCUGACAUUAAUCAUCAAAUUACUCAAAAAGAUAGAACAGCAUACAUUGUAGAAUUGUUAGAUGAAGUCAAACUUAAUUAAUUAUGUGAGG